UGACUAACCAGUGUGGAGGUCGUUUUAGAGUAUUAUUUAUUAUUCGGGCGAUAUACAGUAUUAUUCCUGAUAAUCGUUUUAUGCUGACAUCGGAGUUUUAUAUCAUUGAUAUGGGAAGAUAAUUGGAACGCCCCUCAUGGAAAAUAUGGAUUUCAAUGUAACCGUGAUGUGCCAUGUCAUGGAUACGUAUGUGACACACAUAUUUAUUCCUUUUGUUUAUGCGCGUUAUUAGGUAUUGUUACAUAUCUUGCUCACAGAUUUUUCCAGAAACGUUUUACAUCACAAAAUCUAGAAAUAGUACACACAGAUCACGAUAUAAACAUAGCUCAGACAUAGCGAAGAGAUGCUACUAUUAAAGAUAUUCCUGCUGAACUAAAACCAAUGAUUAAUCAGAGCACUGAAACCGCAAGUCUUUCAAGCAUCAUUGCUGACGUUAACGUGAGUGGCUGUUUUGAAGAAACGACGAUUUAUAACAGACAGAGAGUCGAAGAUACCGAAAUAGCAUUACAUGUACAAGAAAAUUAACAGGAUUCAUCUUCUGAAAUUGCGUCAGCAAUUGAGACAUAUGCAUUUCUGAGUAGCGAAAUCAAGACGUCUGGGGCCAAUCUUGCUGCGCAGAUUGAGAAAUCUGAAAUAGUUACACGACGUACAAUCGAGGCCACAGAAACGGCAUUGCAAGAAAAUCAACAAGAUUGUACAGUUGAAAUUGUGUCACAAAUAGUGAAACAGGCAUCAUAUCUGAGUAGCGAAUUUAAAUCGUCUGAUACCAACGUUUAUGUGCAAAUUGAGAAAUCCGCAAUAAAUACCCGACGUGCAAUGGAAGACACAGAAAUAGCAUUGGAAGAAAAUCAACAAGAUUGUACUACGGAAAUUAUGUCCCAAAUUGGAAAACAUACCUCCGAUCUGAGUAGCGCAAUUAAUUCGUCUGAAAACAAUCUGUCUACGCAAAUGGAGAAAUCCGCAAUAGAUACACGACGUUCAAUUGAGGACACACAAAUUGCAUUAAAAGAAAAUCAACAAGAUUGUACUACGGAAAUUGUGUCACAAAUAGGGAAACAGGCAUCAUAUCUGAAUAGCGAAUUGAAAUCGUCUGAAACCAACGUUUCUACGCAUAUUGAGAAAUCCUCAAUAGAUACCCGACGUGCAAUCAAAGACACGGAAAUUGCAUUGGAAGAAAAUCAACAAGAUUGUACUACGGAAAGUAUGUCUCAAUUUGGAAAACAUACAUCCGAUCUGAGUAGCGCAAUGCAUUCGGCUGAAAACAAUCUGUCUACGCAAAUUGAGAAAUCCGCUAUGGAUACACGACGUUCAAUCGAGGACACAUUAAUGGCAGUAAAAGAAAAUCAACAAGAUUGUACUAGGGGAAAUUAUAUCACAAAUAGGGAAACAGACAUCAUAUCUAAGUAACGAAUUGAAAUCUUCGAUUGAGAAACUCGUGAGAAAAGACAUCGAGAAUAGAACAUCGCCGAGCCAAGACGAGUACCUAGCAAAAUGCCAGGAUAUUCGUGAAAGGUUAAUACAGUUCUAUACGACGACGAAGAAAACUGUGUCUGUUUCACCACUAAGUGAGGGUCGUGACAAACCCAUCUGGGAUGUUUUUGUGCAACCGAAAAUGAGCCAGGUAACAAUAGAGAAAGAUGGAUCUCGAAAGAAAACGGGAAACCCGGUCAACCAAUACAAAGCCUUAUUUUAUAAAGAUGAAAAGCUCAGUAGUCGUGUAUUUGUUCAAGGAGAACCGGGGAUGGGGAAAACUGCAUUCCUCACUAAACUGGCUCUCGACUGGUGUGAUGCAGUGUCUGAGCACAAUCCUGAUUACAAGGCUACAUUUAGUGAUGUCGAUACAUUGAAGGAGUUCCAGUUUCUCUUUCAAAUAUCACUAAGAGAUGCAAUGGACCAGCGGGAGGUUAUAGAGAUGAUCAAAACACAAAUAAUCGACAUGAUUUACACUGGAAAUAAACGUAAACAGACCGUUAAGCUUUUACCUUAUAUCCUUGAAAGAGAGAAAUACAUCGUAACAAUGGAUGGGCUUAAUGAAUGGGUUGAUCGUUUAAAUAAAUGCGUUUUACCUUUACAUCCACAAUUUCAUACAGAGUGCGUUUCUGUUAUUACAUCACGGCCAUGGAAAAUGGCGGAUGAACGAAUUAAAGAUUCCGAAAUUAAUAUUUUAAUAGAAAUUGAAGGAAUAAUUGAUUCAGAAGACCUAACAAAGAAACUAAUUAAUAGUCUUCAAACUGGUGAUGUAAAAAUGCACGCUGAAUUCAUUAUGUACGUAAACGAACGUCAGUUGAUGAAUUUGUUGACGUCACCCUGGCUGCAAACUCUGUUAGUCAAUUUAUGGUUGAACAAGAUGAAAUUUAGUGGUUCGUUGUGUGAAAUAAAUGGUAUUUUACUAGACAUACUUUUCAAGAAUGCACAUGGGAAAAAGGGAUAUUUUCAAAAAGGGAAUUCAUUUCGGUGUUUAUCCAAUACACGUUUUAUUCAGCGUCAGAUCGAUAUUAUCGAUGCGCUUGCGAAUGCUGCGUUUAACUUUACGUUUUCAUCGAGUAAAUCCCUGGUGUUCACCGAACGGGAAUUAUUAAAUUUCCUGUCAGAAGAUCAGUUGGAGUUUUGCCUCCAUGCAGGUGUUUUAACGAAAAGAUACAGCUUCAAGAUAGCAGAUCAGGAUGCACAGUUUUUAUUUCUACACGAAACAGUACAGGAAUUUAUGGCUGCCCUUCAUAUCGCAAAUUCCAAGCAAGACCUAAUAAAACAGUUCCGAACCGGAUCUAGAUAUAAUGUUUUAGAGAUGAGCCAGACAAUAAUUUAUCUAUGUGGACUCGACUGUAAAAUAGCUGAUAAGCUGAUUAAUUGUCUGGUUGACGACGAGUUCCUACAAGUCAUAAGCCACGGACUGAGCGGGUACAUAAAGGGGUUUUAUAAGCAGGAACACUUAUUAGCAUAUCAGGAAGACAGUUGCGCACAGAAAAACGUUUUAAAAUCAAAACAUAAUCAAAUGGAUUACAACACACGUUGCCUCGCACUAUCAGUCUUGUUCCAGCGCAUGAUCAUUGCUGGAUGCAUAGAAGCAAGGGCCAGCGGUGAAAAGGAAAUUUGCCUGAAUUGCAGGGACUUCACAUUUAAUACUAAUCUUACUGAGUCCGAUUCAAAUGCAUUAAAACUGCUUUUAUUGUACAACUGUGCAGAUGUCCGGUCACUUAUUUUAGAAAGUAAUUGUCUACAAAUAAGUGAAAUAUUGACCGUCCUAAACCAAUCCAAACAUUGUCUUACACGUGUAAAGAUGACAUUGACACCGGAAAUAAGUAAAGCAUUACAUAAUACGAACAUUCAGGAGUUGCACUGUAUCGGACAAUUGGACGUAUCAUCAUGUUCCUUUGUUUUUCCGUCCCUGCCUCAAUUGACAUAUGUACACAUAGAACACACGAGAUUAACGCAAGACAUAGUCCUUCUUGACACAAUACAAGAAAUUGAUUUCUUGAAAUGUGAAAGCUCCUCUGAGUUGCUGUGCGCCUCGUUGAUCACGCUCUCGUUACUCGAUCAUCCUGUCAAGUGUGUGCUGUGGGAUGUUGUUUUGCAGCCAUUUGAAAAAAGCCGUGGAGACGAUUCACAUACACAUAUACCGGAGUUGCGAUCUGAAAUGCUGUCAAAUGACAUGUCAAAUAUUAAGAUAUCAGUGGACAAUGGCAGCAAAGAACUGUUUGAUCUAAUACGUGAUACAAGUAUAGGGAUCCUAGACAUGAGAACGGCUAAGUGUGCCACAUUAGCCUCCGAGAUUCUUCACACGCUGAAUAAGCUAACUGAUCUCCAUUUGUGUGGGACCUACACGGGUCGAUGUGAUAUCAAGCUGCCUGCUUCAUUGCAGUGUAUACGUCUACUGGAAGGCGGAUGUUCAUCUGAGUGGCUGUGCAGCUUGUUGAUCACGAUUUCUUCAUUAGAUCAUCCUGUCGAGUGUCAGCUGUUGAAUGUUGUAUUACAGUCAAGUGAAGAAAUCCGUGCAGACGAAGCGCACACACAUAUAUUGGACUUGCGAUCUGAAAUACUGUCGCAUGACCUGUCCAAUAUUGAAUUAUUUGUGAAAAAUGGAAGUGCGGAACUGUUUGAACUAUUACGUGAUACAAGUAUUGGGAUCCUAGGGAUGAUGACGGCUGAUUGUGCCUCAUUAGCAUCAGAGAUUAUUCUCACGCUCAACAAGCUAACCAAGCUCUAUUUGUUGGGGACCUAUACGGGUCGAUGUGAUCUCAAGCUGCCUGCUUCAUUGGAGUAUAUAAGUCUUCCGGAUGGCGGAUGUUCAUCUGAGUGGCUGUGCAGCUUGUUAAUCACGCUCUCUUCAUUAGAUCAUCCUGUCGAGUGUAAGCUGUGGAAUGUUAUAUUGCAGUCAAGUGAAGUCACCCGUGGAGACGAAGCGCAUACACAUAUAUCGGACUUGCGAUCUGAAAUACUGUCACAUGACUUGUCCAAUAUUGAGAUAUUAGUGAAAAAUGGAAGUGCGGAACUGUUUGAACUAUUACGUGAUACAAGUAUUGGGAUCCUAAGCCUGAUGACGGCCGAAUGUACCUCAUUAGCGUCUCAGAUUCUUCACACGCUCAACAAGCUAACUAAGAUCUAUUUGCAGGGAACCUAUACGGGUCGAUGUGAAAUCAAGCUGCCUGCAUCAUUACAGUGUAUAAGUCUCCAGGAAGGCGAAUGUUCAUCUGAGUGGCUGUGCAGCUUGUUGAUCACGCUUUCUUCAUUAGAUUAUCCUGUUGAGUGUAAGCUGUGGAAUUUUGUAUUGCAGUCAAGUGAAGAAAUCCGUGAAGACGAAGCGCAUACACAUAUAUCGGACUUGCGAUCUGAAAUACAGUCACAUGACCUGUCUAACAUUGAGAUAUCAGUGAAAAAUGGCAGUGAGGAACUGUUUGAACUAUUACGUGAUACAAGUUUAGGAAUCCUAGGCCUGAUGACGGCUUAUUGUACCUCCUUAGCGUCCGAGAUUCUUCACACGCUCAACAGACUAACUAAGCUCUAUUUGAUGGGGACCUACACGGAUCGAUGUGAUCUCAAGCUGCCUGCGUCAUUGCAGUGUAUAUGUCUCCACAAAGGCCGAUUUUCAUCCGAGUGGCUUUGCAGCUUGGUGAUCACGCUUUUUUCAUUUGAUCAUCCUGUCGAGUGUGAGCUGGAGGAUGUUGUAUUGGAGUCAGGUUUAAGCGCCUCUAAUUACAAACUCGAUUGGCAAAGGGCGUUAUAUUUUAAAAAAAUUAAAAGCGGUAUAACCAGAAAAAGUGAAGCGCAUACACAUAUAUUGAACAUACGAUCUCAAAUGCUCACACACGACCUGUCUAAUAUUAAGAUAUUAGUGAAAAAUGGCAGUGCGGAACUAUUUGAACUAUUACGUGAUACAAGUAUUAAUAUCCUGACCUGAGAACAGCAAAGUGUGCCUCAUUAGCAUCAGAGAUUCUUCACACGCUUAACAAGCUAACAAAGCUCUAUAUGUGUGGGACCUAUACCGGGCGGUGUGAUCUCAAGCUUCCUGCGUCAUUACAGUGUAUAAGUCUCCAGGAAGGCGGAUGUUCAUCUGAGUGGCUGUGCAGCUUGUUGAUCACGCUUUCUUCAUUAGAUCAUUCUGUCCAGUGUAAGCUGUGGGAUUUUGUAUUGCAGUCAAGUGAAGAAACCCGUGGAGACGAAGCGCAUACACAUAUAUCGGACUUGAUAUCUGAAAAACUGUCACAUGACCUGUCUAACAUUAAGAUGUUCGUAAAAAAUGGCAAUACGGAACUGUUUGAACUAUUACGUGAUACAAGUAUAGGGAUCAUAGGCCUGAUGACGGCUUAUUGUGCCUCAUUAGCAUCCGAGAUUCUUCACACGCUCAACAGGCUAACUAAGCUAUAUUUGUGGGGCACUUUUACGGGUCGAUGUGAUCUCAAGCUGCCUUCUUCAUUACAAUGUAUAAGUCUCCAGGAAGGCGAAUGUUCAUCAGAGUGGCUGUGCAGCUUGUUGAUCACGCUUUCUUCAUUAGAUCAUCCUGUCAAGUGUGAACUGUGGGAUUAUGUAUUGCAGUCAAGUGAAGAAAUCCUUGGAGUCGAAGCGCAUACACAUAUAUCGGACUUGCGUUCUGAAAUACUGUCACAUGACCUGUCCAAUAUUGAGAUAUUCAUGGAGAAUGGCAGUAAAAAACUGUUUAAAUUAUUACGUGAUACAAGUAUUGGGAUCCUAGAUCUGAGGACGGCUAAUUAUGCCUCAUAAGCAUCCGAGAUUCUUCACACGCUCAACAGGCUAACUUUGCUUUAUUUGUCGGGAACCUAUACUGGUCGGUGUGAUCUCAGACUGCCUGUGUCAUUGCAGUGUAUACGUCUGCCGGAAGGCGAGUGUUCAUCAGAGUGGCCGUGCAGCUUGUUGAUGGUCGUCCGCGCUGGUUAUACCUUCAGCAGCGCACACAACGGUCUAAAUCACGAGUGAUACCGUCAGCAACGCACACCAUGAUCGUAAUCAUGGGUCAUACCGUCAGCUGCGCAAACAAUGGUCAUCAUCGCUGGUUAUACUGUCAGCAGCGCACACAAUGGUCAUCAUCGCGGGUUAUACCGUAAGCAGCGCAAACAAUGGUCAUCAUCAUGGGUUAUACCGUUAGCAGCGCGUAUAAUGGUCAUCAUUGCGGAUUAUACCGUCAGCAGCGCACAGAAUGGUCAUCAUCAUGGGUUAUACCGUCAGCAGCGAACACAAUGGUCAUCAGCGCGGGUUAUACCGUCAGCAGCGCACACCAUGGUCGUCAUCAUUGGAUAUACCGUCAGCAGCGUACACCAUCGUCGUCAUCAUAGGUUAUACCGUCAGCAGCGCAAACAACGUUCAUCGUCACAAGUUAUACCGUCAGCGGCGCACCUAAUGUUCAUCAUCGCGGGUUAUACCGUCAGCAGCGCACACAAUGGUCAUCAUCAUGGGUUAUACCGUCAGCAGCGGAUACCUUGGUCGUAAUCGUGGGUUAUACCGUCAGCAGCUCAAACAAUGAUCAUCAUCACAAGUUAUACCGUCAGCAGCGCACACAAUGGUCAUCAUCACGGGUUAUACCGUCAGCAACGCACACGAUGGUCAUCAUCACUGGUUCUACCGUCAGCAGCGCACACAAUGGUCAUCAUCGCGGAUUAUACCUUCAGCAGCAAACCAUGGUCGUCAUCAUGCUUUAUACCGUCUGCAGCGGACACAAUGGUCGUCAUCGUGGGUUAUACCGUCAGCAGCGCACACUAUGGUCGUCAUCACGGGUUAUACCGUCAGAAGCGAACACCCUGGUCGUAAUCUUGGGUUAUACCGUCAGCAGCGGACAUCCUGGUCGUCGUCUCGGGUUAUACCGUCAGCAGCGCACACAAUGGUCAUCAUCAUGUGUUAUACCGUCAGCAGCGCACUCAAUGGUCAUCAUCGCGGGUUAUACUGUCAGCAGCGCACACCGUGGUCGUUAUCAUGGAUUAUACCGUCAGUAUCGCAAACAAUAUUCAUCAUUGCGGGUAAAACGUCAGCAGCGCAAACAAUGGUCAUCAUCAUGGGUUAUAUCGUCAACAGCGCGAACAAUGUUCGUCAUCGCUUGUUAUACCGUCAGCAGCUGAAACAAUGGUAAUAAUCGCGGGUUAAGCCGUCAGCGGCGAUAACCAAGGUUCGCGGGUUAUACUUUCAGCAGCGCACACAUUGGUCGUCAACGCGGGUUUUACUGUCAGCAUCGCAUACCAUGUUCGUCAUCUUGGGCUAUACCGUCGGCUACGCACACCAUGGUCGUCAUCGAUGGUUAUAUCGUCAGCAGCGCACAACUUUGUCGUAAUCAUUGUUUAUACCGUUAGCAGCGCACACCAUGGUCGUCAUCGCGUGUUAUACCGUCAGCAGCGCGCACCAUGGUCGUCAUCGCGGGUGAUAUCGUCAGCAUCGCACGCCAUGGUCGUCAUUGAGGGUUAUACCGUCAGCACCGCAUACCUUGUUCGUCAUCGCUAGUUAUACCGUCAGCAGCGUGCACCUUGGUCGUCGUCAUAAGUGAUACCGUCAGCAGCAUACAGCAUGGUCGUCAUCGCGGCUUUUACCGUCAGCAGCGCAGAUAAUGCUCAUCACCAUGGGUUUUACCUGCAGCGAAAACACUUGUCGUCAUCACGGGUUAAACCAUCAGCCGCGCAAACAAAGGUCGUAAUCGCGGGUUAUACCGUCAUCAGCAUUCAUCUUGGUCGUCCACGCGGGUUAAACAGUCAGCAGCUUAAACACUUGUCAUCAUCGCAGGUUAUUCCUACAGCACCAAAAACAAUGGUCGUAAUCGCGGGCUAAACCGUCAGCAGCUCAAACAAUUGUUAUAAUCGCGGGUUAUACCGUCAGUACCGCACACCAUGGUCGUCAUCGAUGAUUAUACCGUCAGAAGCGCACAGCAUGGUCGUCAUCAUGGUUUAAACCGUCAGAAGCUCAAACAUUGGUAAUCGUCAUCGCGGGUUUAACUGUCAGCAGCUCACACAAUGGUCAUCAUAGCCAUUGUGACUGUAUAACCAGCUAAUCAUAGCUGGUUAUACCGUCAGCAGCGCAAACAAUGGUCAUCAUCAUGGGUUAUACCGUUAACAGCGCACACAAAGGUCAUCAUCGCGGAUUUUACGUCAGCAACGCACGCAAUGGACAUAAUCAUGGGUUAUACCGUCAGCAGCGCACACAAUGGUCAUCAUCAUCGGUUAUACCGUCAGCAGCGCAAACAAGUGUCAUCAUCAUGGUUUAAACCGUCAGAAGCUCAAACAAUGGUAAUCAAAAUCGCGGUUUAUACUGUCAGCAGCGCACCUAAUGGUCAUCAUCAUGGGUCAUACCUUCAGCAGCGCAAACAAUUUUCAUCAUCAUUGGUUAUACCGUCGGCAGCGCACACAAUGGUCGUCAUCGAGGGUUAUACCUUCAGCAGCGCACACCAUGGUCGUUAUCAUGUGUUAUACCGUCAGCAGCGGACACCAUGGUCGUCAUCGAGGGUUAUACCGACAGCAGCGCACACUAUGGUCGUCAUCAUGGGUUAUACCGUAAGCAGCGCACACCAUGGUCGUCAUCGAGGGUUAUACCGUCAGCAGCGCACACAAUGGUCAUCAUCGCGGGUUAUACCUUCAGCAGCGCACACAAUGGUCUUCAUCACGUCUUAUACCAUCAGCUGCGCAAACAAUGGUCAUCAUCAUGGGUUAUACCGUCAGCAGCGCACACAAUGGUCUUCAUCACGUCUUAUACCAUCAGCUGCGCACAAAAUGGUCAUCAUCGCGGGUUAUUCUGUCAGCAGCGCACACCGUGGUCGUAAUCAUGGAUUAUACAGUCAGUAUCGCAAACAAUAUUCAUCAUUGCGGGUAAACCGUCAGCAGCGCAAACAAUGGUCAUCAUCAUAAGUUAUAUCGUCAUUAAUGCAAACAAUGUUCGUCAUCGCUGGCUAUACCGUCAGCAAGUGAAACAAUGGUCAUAAUCGCGGGUUAAGCCGUCAGCGGCGAUAACCAUGGUUAUCUUCGCGGGUUAUACUUUCAGCAGCGCACACAUUGGUCGUCAACUCGGGUGUAACUGUCAGCAUCGCAUAUAAUGUUCGUCACCAUGGGCUAUACCGUCGGCACCGCACACCAUGGUCGUCAUCGAUGGUUAUAUCGUCAGCAGCGCACAACUUUGUCGUAAUCAUUGUUUAUACCGUCACCAGCGCACACCAUGGUCUUCAUCGCGUGUUAUACCGUCAGCAGCGCGAACCAUGGUCUUCAUCGCGGGUUAUAUCGUCAGCACCGCACAACAUGGUCGUCAUCGAGGGUUAUACCGUCAGCACCGAACACCUUGCUCGUCAUCGCUAGUUAUACCGUCAGCAGCGUGCACCUUGGUCGUCAUCCUAAGUUAAACCGUCAGCAGAAUGCAGCAUGGUCGUCAUCGCGGGUUUAACUGUCAGCAGCGCAGAUAAUGCUCAUCACCAUGGGUUUUACCUGCAGCGAAAACACUGGUCGUCAUCACGGGUUAAACCAUCAGCUGCGCAAACAAAGGUCGUAAUCGCGGGUUAUACCGUCAUCAGCAUUCACCAUGGUCGUCCACGCUGGUUAAACAGUCAGUCAUCGUCGCAGGUUACUAAUAUUCCUACUGCACCGAAAACAAUGGUCGUAACCAGGGCUAAAUCGUCAUCAGCUCUGAGCUAAACAAUUGUUAUAAUCGCGGGUUAUAACGUCAGUACCGCACACCAUGAUCGCCAUCGAUGGUUAUACCGUCAGAAGCGCACAGCAUGGUCGUCAUCAUGGUUUAAACCGUCAGAAGCUCAAACAAUGGUAAUCAUCAUCGCGGGUUAUACAGUCAGCAGCGCACACAAUGGUCAUCAUAGCGGGUUAUACCGUCAGCAGCGCAAACAAUGGUCAUCAUCAUGGGUUAUACCGUUAGCAGCGCACACAACGUUCAUCAUCACAAGUUAUACCGUCAGCAGCGCACCUAAUGGUCAUCAUCGCGGGUUAUACCGUCAGCAGCGCACACAUUGGUCAUCAUCAUGGGUUGUAACGUUAGCAGCGCACACAAUGGUCAUCAUCGCGGAUUAUACCGUCAGCAGCGCACUCAAUUGGCAUCAUCAUGGGUUACACCUUCAGCAGCGAUUACGAUAGUCAUCAUCGCGGGUUAUACCGUCAGCACCGCACACCAUGGUCGUCAUCAUAGGUUAUACCCUCAGCAGCGCAAACAAUGUUCGUCAUCACAAGUUAAACCGUCAGCAGCGCACACACUGGUCAUUUUCGCGGGUUAUACCGUCAGCAACGCACACAAUAGACAUCACCGCGGGUUAAACCUUCAGCAGCGCACACCAUGGUCGUCAUCAUGUGUUAUACCGUCAGCAGCGGACACCCUGGUCAUCAUCGCGGAUUAUACCGUCAGCAGUGCACACAAUGGUCAUCAUCGCGAGAUAUACUGUCAGCAGCGCACACCGUUGUCGUAAUCAUGGAUUAUACCGUCAGUAUCGCAAACAAUAGUCAUCAUUGCGGGUAAACCGUCAGCAGCGCAAACAAUGGUCAUCAUCAUGGGUUAUAUCGUAAGCAGCGCAAACAAUGUUCGUCAUCGCUGGUUAUACCGUCAGCAGGUCAAACAAUGGUCAUAAUUACGGGUUAAGCCGUCAGCGGCGCACACAAUGGUCAUCAUCGCGGGUUAUACUUUUAGCAGCGCACACAUUGGUCGUCAACGCGGAUUUUACUGUCAGCAUCGCAUACCAUGUUCGUCAUCAUAGGCUAUACCGUCGGCACCGCGCACCAGGGUCGUCAUCGAGGGUUAUACCGUCAGCAGCGCACACAUUUGUCGUAAUCAUUGUUUAUACCGUCAGCAGCGCACACCAUGGUCGUCAGCGCGUGUUAUACCGUCAGCAGCGCACACCAUGUUCGUCAUCGCGGCUUAUACCGUCAGCACCGCACACCAUGGUCGUCCUCGAGGGUCAUACCGUCAGCAGCGUGCACCUUGGUCGUCAUCAUAAGUUAUACCGUCAGCAGCAUGCAGCAUGGUCGUCAUCGCGGGUUUAACCGUCAGCAGCGCAGAUAAUGCUCAUCACCAUGGGUUUUACUUGCAGCAAAAACACUGGUCGUCAUCACGGGUUAUACAAUCAGCAGCAUUCAUCUUGGGCGUCCACGCGGGUUAAACAGUCAGCAGCUUAAACAAUAGUCAUUAUCGCCGGUUAUUCCAACAGCACCGAAAACAAUGGUCGUAAUCGCGGGCUACACCGUCAGCAGCUCAAACAAUUGUUAUCAUCGCGGGUUAUACCGUCAGUACCGCACACCAUGGUCGUCAUCGAUGGUUAUACCGUCAGAAGCGCACAGCAUGGUCGUCAUCAUGGUUUAAACCGUCAGAAGUUCAAACAAUUUUAAUCAGCAUGCGUUAUACUGUCUGCAGCGCAAACAACGUUCGUCGUCGCGGAUUAUACCGUCAGCAGCUAAAUCAAUGUUCAUCAUCGGACAGCACCGAAAACAAUGGGCGUAAUCGCGGGCGCAGUUAUGGUCCACGUCCCGGGUUAAAAAGUCAGUUGCACAAACUUGGUCAAUGCGAGGUUACCAAGUCAGCGCUGCUCGAUUGCUAAAAUGUAUUUUGGACAUUACAAUUUGCGCAAACAAUGGUCGUCGUUGCGAGUUAUACCGUCAGCAACUCAAAUCUCGGUCAUCAUUGCGGUUAUUACCGUCAGAACGGCUAACCAUAGUAUGUAUGGUAACGAGGUAUUACAGCGAUGAAGAAGAAGCCGUCUCUGCUUUACAUCCUAGUGAAAGUUUAAGCAACAGAUACUAUAUGUCCAGAUAGUUAAACACUGUCUUCGAUGACUUGAUUCAAAGACAAUACAUUCUUUUGAUGAAGCGUUCAUUGAACUUGGUGAUUGUUCUUUUAUAGUUUUGCUGGGAAUUAUUGACGCUUGAUUUUAUGCCUUCAUUAUUUAUGUACAGUAUGACAUUUUAACUGUUCUUCGUAAUGUUGAUAAACACAUAUAUCACCCCUUAGCAUUCGACAAAAAUGUGUUUAUUCAACUUUAUAUAUUUAAAUAAAUGUAAAUAAAAGGUUUUAUUUUUACUUCACUAUUGAAUCGUUGUUCAACAUGGACCAUGUAGCAUUGUUUUGCGAUUUUAAAUAUUUUUAAACAUGCACGUUUUUUUCUUAAAUAAUUGCUAUCUGUAAACGUUAAGGUGUAAAUAGCACUAGAAAUUAUGGAUAACCGAAGGGUCAAUUCUUUAAUCAUUUGACUUUUUCACGUUUAUAUAAAUGGUAUUAUCUUUUUGCAACUCAUUGAAGUGAAAUUUUACUUACGUUUUAAAUUGAAGAGAUUCCGCAAUGCAAUAUAUACAAUUGGGGACUUUUCUAACGCAUCACUUUUCAAACUUGAAUAUCUCAGUCAUGAGUGAAGGUAUUGAUUUAAAAUUUUGCAUUCGAUCAUUUGACUACAUUCUCUGCAAGCUUACGAUAAAAUCAUUCAUCCGUGACGAUUUGGACACUUCAGCACGUGGGGUAGGUGUAGUUCCAUAUUUUUGCACGUGAAAAUGAUGAAACGCGAUGUAAUUCUAGUUUUAUUUUAUUUUAAUUAUUUAAGGUGGUUUUUCACGCAGGGAAAACAUAAAAUUAAUUAACAAAAACAAUAAAGCUCUUAUGAAUAUUCAGGACCCCAAUCGCGCCAAACCUUCCCUACUUGCUAAAGCGUCCGAUCGUCACGGAUUAAUUAUUUUAUCUAUAGCUUGCACAUAAUGUAGUCAAAUGAUCACAUGUGAAAUUCUAAAUAUUUUUUUUUACUCAUUAUACUGAGAAAUAUACGUUUCAAAAGUAUUGCGUUAGAAAAAUCACAAAGUGUAGCAAAACGCGAUAUACAUGGUAUUUCAUAUUAAUUCAAGUCCAUCAUGAGUUUUUAUACAAGAAAAACAUAACAUUAAUUAAAAAAAAAAAGCUCGUAUUAAUAUUCAGUAGUGCAACGGCUCAAUAGGCAUGUUGCAAGCCGGUCAGUUAUUUAGACGUGUAAGUUUAUGCGUUUUUCUUUUCAGAUUGUUAUUAUUUAACGUUUUACGAGUGUGCAACUUUGUCUUUUGAAGGGACGUUUUUAAUUUGUUGAGUUUAAUAUUUUGUUGUUUUUCAAUUUCAAUUAAAUUUUUAGGAAUUAUCAGAUAUGUGUUGAAUUAUUCUGGGUCCAAAUUUAAGCACAAUCCUUUCAAAAAAGCGAGCUAUAUUGAUAUGAUUAAGUGAUGCGUUAGAAAAGUCUCCAAGUGUAAAUAUAUAUAAUUAUGCACGUACACAGUGGUAUAGCUGCAUUUGUCAAAGGAUUUUUUUGCACGAGUGUGUAUUUGUCUUUUUAAAAUGAUUUUCAGCUGUUAAGGCAAAUUUGUGCUUUUUUCUAAGUUGCCGUCGUGAUUAAUGUUUUAAUGUUGUAUAGUUCAAAUGUCACCAUGUACUUCGUGUAUUGAUGUAAAUUGCAAGAAAGCCGUUAUUUCGAAUGUUCGUGUAAAUACUUUGUACACAUAAUGAAAAAAAUGCUCAUAUAAUGUAAAUGCCUUCAUUUAUUUACAUUGUUGUUCAUACAUAAUUUUAUUUACCUGUAUUUAAUUGUAUUCAUUCCACAUGUAAUUACAACGUUACUAUUGUUAGUCGAUUACUGCAAACAUUAGGAUCUAUUUAAGCGUGUAUAUACCGUCCUGAAUAUUGUAAAAAAUACCAUUAGCUCCGAGUAAUGAUUUUAUAACAAUCAAUUCAUUUAUGCAGAAAUGGUUAAUUUUAUAUUAUUUAUACGCAAAACAUAAUAAUACUUUAAAUGCCUUAAAGGGAUCUUUUCACGGUUUGGUAAAUUGACAAAAUUGAAAAAAGUUGUUUCAGAUUCGCAAAUUUUCGGUUUAGUUAUGAUUUUUGUGAGGAAACAGUAUUACUGAACAUUUACCAUGGUCUAAUAUAGCCAUUAUAUGCAUCUUUUGACGACUUAAAAACCUAAAAAUUAGAAAGCGUUGCAACGCGAAACGAUUGAAUAAUUUGGAGAAUUCUGUUGUUGUCGUUUAAUUUUGUGAAACUACGAAGAUUGCUUAUAUAUAGUAUAAAAUACUUCAUGCAUGUAUACUUGGCAGAAUAGCCGAGCGGGCUAAUGCGUGUUUACUCCAGGACUCCGGGGGUCACAGGUUUCGAGCCCUGCUGCGGGCUACUUUUUUUUCCUUUUUUUGUUUUUAUUCUUGAUUUUUUUACUGGAGCUUUUAAGAUCCAAUGUUUACAUUUAUCAAUAUAAAGCAUUUAAUGACUAACUUCAAAACAUGCCAAAAUAUGUGAAAAGGCCCCUUUAACCAACAUAUAACUGUGACCCAAAUGUUUUUUUUGUAUAUGUAUUGGUAACGCGUUACAAUGAAAAUCAAGCAUAAUGUUAAAUACAUUUAGUUUAAGGUUAACGUCCAUUUUAAGCGAAAUUUGUAUUGGUCAAGCAUUUUAGAUUUAUUUAAUGUUUUGUAAAAGCUACAUUUUUUAAUGUACAUGUAUUUUGUUGCUCAAUGUAUUGCUAUUACACCGAUGAAGGCUAAAAGCUACUAUAAAAUAUAUAUUGUCUCCUAAUAUCAAAAACGUAGAGGUAAUAGUAUAUUAUCUUUUGAAUGUGUUUUUUUGUGUUAAUAGUAUUGUUGUGAUGCUUGAUUGUAUAUAAUUUGCAAUAUGAGAGUUGAUCAGUUACGAUAUGAUGGUAUGAUGUAUGAUGACACAUGCACAGCUUCUAUUGACCGAAAAUACAAAAUAGUACUAUCGCUCUAUUGUAAGUUAGUCAAAGAAGCUCUGUAAGGAAUUAUGCAGUUGUAUCAUAGUUAUAUUGUUGUUUCGUUUAAGAUUAGAUUUUUUUUAUUUUAUUUCUGCAACUCUAAAGAAUGUCAAAUAUCGUUUCGGAUAGUGUUGUUAUACAUUUUCCAUUGCGCCAUGUUGAUGUAUUUACCGAAAGUUUCAUUGACGUUAUAAUUAUAUAUGCAUGUAUGUGGAACUUAUCUUUUGCGGAAAUCGCGUUAGUUUAAAACUAUGAUGUAUUGAUAUUAUUUUAAUGUCAAUGAAUAUUGAUUGUUA